GUACUAGAGGUGGUUAGAAGAGCGCUUAAAUUCAAGCGUCUGUUAGGUAGUAAACAGAAACCAUGGAUGAAAGUUCUUCGCGUUAUUCUCGUUGGAAAGUCCCACAGAUAAAAGAGGAAUUGGUAAAAAGAGGUGCAGUAACAACUGGUCGAAAGCAGGAACUUAUAGACAGAUUGGAGGCCUAUGAUCGGAAUCAGAACUUCAAGGAAGAUCCUGUUUUAUUACCAGAGCCCCUUGAUGUCGGAUGGCCGGUUGCUGGAUUUAAACAGAUUCUCCCAGAACACCAACAUAUCAUUCCUAAAAUCACUCGAGAACAGAUAGAGGCAUAUUUUCUUUAUAGAAUAGCAGAUGACAGACAAUGCACUGGAGAUUUGAAAGCAUUGGUGAAGGGCCAAGACAUGUUUGACUCCAACAAAGUUCUGGCUUGCUCUAUAUGCAUCGAGAAUGAUAUUUACCUCACUGGAAUUGUGGGUGCAGCGAUGAAACAAAAAGUGACUUACAAUUAUAAAGUCAGGGUUUCAAGAGAGAGUGGGGACCCUCUGAACACCCACUGUGAAUGCCCAGCAGGAAGAGGGCCCCAUGGCACCUGCAAACAUCUUGCGGCUGUUUGCAUCAUGCUCGAGUAUUUUACCGAGAAUGGGACUUUAAAAAUUGCAAGAUCCUGCACCGAAAAUCUGAUGUCUUUCCAUAGACCAAAAAGUGCUUACAGUGGUUCUCCAGUAAAAGCUGAGGAUCUCCCAUCUAAAAAGAGACCGUAUGAAGACUUUUUUGAAGAUCCAAGGCCACUCAAGCACAGAAACAAUCCGUCUUACAACUCUAUGGUACAAAAUAUCAUCACCAACUACUGCAGCAUAACAUCUAAAGAUAUCUCUAUGAGGUAUCUGUAUCCAAGAGCAAAUUUUCAGGUUGUGUCCAUGAUGCAUGACUAUGGUAAUUUGCCACUUACAGAACAAAUGGUUGAUAAUGCUUUGAUGGUUGAUGAACGAAAAAUUCAGCAGAUAGAAGAAUCAACAAGAGGACAGAGCAAAAACACCAAAUGGUUUGAGGCGAGGGAGUGGAGACUGACUGCAUCACGAUUUGGAGAAGUCUGCAGAGCUACUUGUCGACGCAAUACGAAUAAAUUAUGUUGUUCUAUUUUAUGUUCAAAUAUCAAAACGAAAGCCAUUCUUCAUGGGAAAAAUUAUGAAAAAAAAGCGUUGAAAUUGUUUGAAAACAAAUUGGGUAUAAAAACUAAAGAAUGUGGGCUUUUUGUCUGUUUAGACUUUCCAUAUUUGGGAGCAUCCCCUGAUGCAGUUGUAGAUGAUUCUGCAAUUGUUGAGGUCAAAUGCUCCUACAGUGGUAAAAAUGAUAUGGUCAAACCAGGAGGUCACUUUAAAUAUCUUACGACUGAUGACAAUGGAAAUAUUGCACUGAAAAAGUCACAUAGUUAUUAUGAUCAAAUACAGGGACAGCUGUACAUAAGCAAAAGAGAAGUUUGUUAUUUUGUAGUUUUUACUCUGAAGGAUCUUUUUGUACAGAAAAUUCAUCUAGACAAACAUUAUUGUGAAAAUUCUUUGCUGCCAAAGUUGAAAGUAUUUUUUGAGAAAUAUUACAGGCCAUUCAUAGCAUCAAAAUUAUGAGCAUACACCUGAGAUUUGUACUGCCCUAUUUGCAUAUCAAAUAUAUGAAAUGUAUUUACAUGUAUAUGUAUUAUAUGAUAUGAUGAUGUUGAUUUGUCUAUGUCUUGUGGGCAAGAUACAAACAGAACUGAAGCUACAAGAUUUUGAAGUUUGAUAUAUUUGAUCAUUUAUUAUAACCUUGCUGUAAUUUUUUUUCUAUGCCAUGCAGACCAUUAAGGGGUUGUUUUUUUUCUGUUAAGAAACACAAGUGAAUUUGUUCAUAUGUUUUUAUGCUUGUGAAAUCUUUGUUCAGAAAAUUUUUAGACACAUUUUUGUAGACAAAAACUGUUGUUGAAGUUAAAGAUUAAUGCAUUUUUAAAGGAAUUUUUUUCUUAUGAUAUAAAUACAACUGAUGUGUACAUUUUUUUUCUUCUGAUUUUCAAUUUGAACCAUAUUGUAGCUAGCUUUGCCCAUUCUCUGAUUUGGUAAUUGUAAUCAAAAUGACAUUUACAUUAAAUCAAAUAUUCUAAGUAUAUAUACUCAUGUUUAACAUGGCUAAAUUAGGUGAAUAAUUUGGAAUAUAUGCCUCAGAACUGAAGUUUUUUUGGACUGAUAGAAUAUUGAAUAUAUCAUGUGCAUCAUGUUUGCUAUUAAAUGAACAACUGUAUGCAGCUAA